AUGGCACUCGUCCUCUUUUGCGUGAUUAUGACGAUACCGCCACCACGCAACGUCCAUUUCGGCGGCAAGAACUGCGAGUGUCUGCGCAAUCCGGAGGAACCCGUCAAAGUGCCUGAACCCGAAAAACUGAAAGACGAGUUCAAGGUGCUGUUCGAGGCAAUGGCCGCCAAUGUUCGAUUGUCCCUCCUUGUCAGCUACGUUUUCAUUGUAUUUCUGUAUUGGGCGGCACGGCUG